UAGAACACUAGUCAUCUCUCCUUCGCUACAGGCAGGGGGUAAUUAGCGGACUCACAUUAGACUGUCAUCGGCCAUGUUUGUGCUUUUAUCAAGGAUAUGACUGGUCUGUGUUGGGGUGAAAUCCAAGCUAUCAUGUGAAGGCUUUGGUUGAGAGUGUAUGUGUGUAUGGAUUGUGUGUGUGUGUGUGCGCGUUAAGCUACGCUGCCUUACCAAAGGCAGUGGUCUGUAAAAUGUCAGCUCUGGGACCGUGACCAUCAUGACUUAUUCAGUGACUCGGCUUCUGGAGGCUACCAAAUCAGACGGACCGAGCCGGACCUUACUAAGCGCAAGGAAGAAGGAGAAGAGUGAGACAGGAAGAAAAAGACGAAAAGGAGCGAGAGGACAAAGGCUGGUGAUAGAGGGAAGUGAGGCCCGUUUGAGAGUGGAGACAGAGGACACAAAAGGAAGUGGAGGGAGAAGUGGAAAAGUGGGGCAAAGGGACAUAAAAGAAGAGCUAAGAAUUCCUUCCUUACUCUGGCUCCAUAUCCUGGUCCUCUGCCUCACCUUUGACCCCACAACCUCCCAGGGUCACUUCCCCCGGUUGGAGAACAUCGGAGCCCACAAGCCCAUCACCCUCGCCCCGGCCCGCUCCACCUGCGGCUACCCUGAGCGCACCACUUUCUGCCUGAGCUCCACCUCCCAGGAGGAGCUCCAUAACUGCCAACAGGCCUUUUGCAACCAGGAGUGCCCUUACCGCUCCUCCACACCACCGUAUGCGCCUCUACUACUCCCCACACACUGGGGGACAUGUGUCACCCAGGACGGGCUCGACUCUAGCCCCUGGUCAGAGCGGGUGGGAGAGAGGGAUGGAUCCAGCCGGAGUGUGAUAUUCCGCGUGACUCAAGGAGGUUGUGUGGCCUCCCCUCCUUCUCAGAGUCUGGGCCAUCAGAGCUCCUUCACCUUGGCUGUGUGGAUCAAACCUGAGGCUCCUGGAGACAUGAUGGUGCUGGAGAAGAGUUCAGAGGAGCGCUUGGUGUUCCUGUUGACCGUCUCUGAGUCUGUGGUCACUCUACGGUACGGUCAGUCCGGUGGUCAGGUCGUCUCUAUGACCUUCAGCACCAAGGGCAGACUCACAAUGGACAGAUGGACCCACCUCGCUCUACAGGUGCACGGCAAAAGUGUUAGCCUCUUCCUGGAUGGGCUAGAGGAGGACGGCACGCCCUUUGACACCCGACCCCUGGCCUCACCCAUGUCGGACAUCAGAACAGACGGCGCCAUCAUGAGGGUCGGGCUCGGCUCCAACGGGUCACACCAGUUCAUAGGCAGGAUGCAGGACCUGAGGUUUUAUCCCAAAACGCUCACCAACAGAGAGGUGGAGGAGGUGUAUUCAGGCCUGCUGCCCCCACUCCACGUCCAGUCAGAGUGCCGCUGCCCCCCCAGCCACCCCAGGGUGCACCCCCUAGUGGAGAGGUACUGUAUUCCCAACGCCGUGGAGGACACCACUAAUAACCGUGUGUUGAGGCUCAAUCUGGACGCCCACCCUGUCAGCUACAUGAAUGACCAGGACCUGGGAACAUCCUGGGUGUCCAGUGUACUGACCGGAGAGGAGGACCAGGGACUGACCAUAACGAUAGACCUGGUCAGCGGACAGUACCAGGUUUUUUAUGUGAUCCUGCAGUUGGUCAGCCCCCAGCCAGAGAGCUUGCGCAUCCAGAGGACCAAAGGCAACAGCAGCAGUAACAUAGAAACAGAAUGGCUAGACUGGCAAUACAUGGCCAGGAACUGCAGCCUAUUCGGUCUGCUAAACAAUGGACCUCUGCUGAGACCAGACUCUGUCAACUGUCUACAGUUUCCUACAGACGUCCCGUACUCCCAAGGUAACAUCACAUUCAGUAUCUUGACCCCCGAGCCCAACCUGCGUCCUGGCUACAACGACUUCUACAACACCCCCGUCCUGCAAGAGAUGACUCAGGCCACGCAGGUCAGGAUCCAUCUGAGCGGACAAUACCACACGCAGGAGGCAGGGGUGCCCCACCGCCACCGCUACUAUGGAGUCAGUGAGAUCACAAUCAGUGGAAGGUGUGAGUGUCAUGGCCAUGCUGAUGACUGUGACACCAGUGGGGCUCCGUACCGCUGUUCCUGUCUGCCAGAGAGCCAUACAGAGGGUUACAACUGCCAGCGCUGUGCUCCUCUCUACAACGACAAGCCCUUCAGGUCAGGUGACCAGGUUCAAGCCUAUAGCUGUCAACCAUGUGAAUGUCAUGGCCACGCCCUCUCCUGUCACUAUGACAUCAAUGCCGACACCCACCCCACCGAACACUACAGGGGAGGGGGAGGGGUCUGUGACAAUUGUUCACACAAUACUACAGGCCGAAGCUGUGAGUCCUGUGUGAGUCAGUUCUACAGAGAGCUGUCGGUUGACCCCGAAUCUGAGGACGUGUGUCGACCAUGUGACUGUCACACACCUGGCACCAUCAAUGGCAGUCUGGAGUGUGACCCAGUUGGGGGCCGGUGUAAGUGCAAGAGGCGUGUGUCUGGCAGGCGGUGUGACGCGUGUCAGGUCGGAUGGUACGGUCUGCAGCCGUGGAGCCCCGAGGGCUGUCUGCCGUGUGACUGCAGCGCUGCCGGGACCGGGGCGGGGGGGGGCACCUGUCACCAGCAGUCAGGACAGUGCCACUGCAAGACACACGUAAUCGGACGUACUUGUGACAGGUGUGACUAUGGCUACAAGCUGUUGAACUCCUCCCACCCUGAUGGCUGUGUGGGGUGUGACUGUGACCCGGUGGGGUCCCUCAGUACCUUCUGUGAUCCGGUGGGGGGCCAGUGUGAGUGCCGGGCGGGUGUGAGUGGCCAACGCUGUGACUCAUGUGCCAGAGGACUGUAUGGCCUCCACCAGGGGGCCUCCUGUACCCCCUGUCUCUGCUCACCGGACGGGACGGUGCCUGGGACUGUGUGUGACCCGGAAACUGGGCAGUGUGUGUGUAAGGAAAACACAGAGGGUCGUCGCUGCGAUGUGUGUCGUCGUGGUUACCACAGUCUGGACAGGAGGAACUCUUUGGGGUGUCUUCCGUGUGUGUGUGACUCCCGUGGCACCCUGGACGGUGGGGUGUGUGACCCGGUCACAGCCUCGUGCCCCUGUAGAGAUGGGGUCGAGGGGGCACAGUGCACACACUGCUCUCUACACUACUACAAUGUGACCUCCGACCUCUACAACAAUACCACACAUGACCUCUACUACAACUCAACCUUUGACCCUCUAGGGGUAUCCCAGGGGUGUGUUCCAUGUGUGUGUGACCCUACUGGGACGGUGGAUGGGACGGUGUGUGACCCGGCCACGGGGCAGUGUGUGUGUGUACCCACACGUUACGGACGGGAUUGUGGUCAAUGUCGCCCAGGCUACUUCCUCUCUGAGACGGGGUCCGACGAGAGGGCGUGUGUGGAGUGUGAAUGUCACCCAACGGGCUCGUCCGGGCCGCUGUGUGAUGGCCAUACGGGGCAGUGUGUGUGUGUUGAUCUAUCGGUGGCAGGACGGAAGUGUGACCAGUGUCCUGAGUUUCACUACGGCUUCAACCCUGGCCUUGGCAGGUGCCUGCCAUGCGGGUGUGAUUUGGUCGGCGGGGUCAGCAGGUCGUGCCACCCAGAGACAGGAAGAUGCCAAUGUAAGGCCUUGGUGACGGGGGAAAAGUGUGACCGCUGUGUACCUGGAGCCAGUCACCUGGACCCAGACAACAGCCUGGGCUGCAGCAGAGCUCCUAGCCAGCAGCCUGGCCCAGAGGGGUUAGUCCUGAACUCCACCUCCAUCCGUCUGACCUGGGACCCCCCCGAUGCCCCCAACACAAACGCUCUCAACUACACACUGCUCCGGGAUGGGCGAGAGAUACACACCUCACACACACACUAUCCGUUCAGGCCUGUAACCUAUGUGGACGGUGGUCUGAGUCCAUACGUAGACUAUUCUUACCGUCUGGUGACAUCUAAUGUUAACGGUCAGACGGCGAGUGCCCCGGUCAGUUACCGGACCCUGGCCGCCAUACCGGACCCUGACCAUAUCCACCUGACCCUGGUGGGCCGGCCUGGACCGACAACAGCCAGCCUCAAAUGGACCCGACCGCAGAACACAACGGGACCACUGGAGAGGUUUGUGUUGGUGUCAGUGGAGGCUGGAACUGGUACGGAGCGUGUCCACUACACAGGGCUAGACACCCAGGCUGAAGCUACUGGCCUUUCCCCCUACACCCGCUACAACCUCACCCUGCAGGCCUGCUCUAAUGGGGGGUGUACCUCCACCCCUCCCUUCCCCCUCCUUACUGCCUCCACCUCCCCACAAGGACAACCCCCACCCAUGGUCAACGCCACGGGACCCCACCAACUGCAUGUUGCUUGGGACCCCCCUGUCCGGCCUAAUGGUGUUAUUAUACGCUACGAGCUCUUCAUACGAGGGCCAAUGGAAUCACAGAAUGCCACGAGCCCCCCGCCAGAGCGCAGAGUGUUUGCGAGCGCUGGUUGGCUGGACCCACGACUCACGUCUGGCUUGGCCAACGAGAGCGCUCUGCCUCCUCCUCUGGGUGACGCCGUGGUAACGGACCUGCAGGCCUUCUCCACCUAUCAGCUGAGAGUUCUGACCAUCAACAUGGCCGGCAGUGUGACGUCAGUCUGGACUACAGCUCGGACACAGGAAGGGGCUCCAGUGUCUAUGGCUCCUCCCGAGGUGACAGCGGUGUCUUCAUCAUCCCUAAACAUCACCUGGAGGUCAGCGCGGAGUCAGGAAGCCAGAGGGGAAGUCACGGAGUACAGGGUUAACAUGAUCACUGAGCAGAGCUCAAACCCUUAUGAACCUCCGGUUAUCGAACAGGUGCUGUAUGUGACCAGUCCAUCAGAGCAGGUUUUCCUGGCAGAGGGACUGGAGGCCUACAGCAGAUACAGCUUCACCGUGACUCUGUGUACCCGACUGGGAUGUGUGACCAGCCCCCCUGCCUCUGCACACACACUACCUACAGCUCCAGCAGGUCUCUCUCCCCCUCGGCUUAGGCCAGUGAAUGGGACACUGAUGGAAAUAUCCUGGGACCCCCCCUCUCGGCCCCACGGACCCCCACCCCUCUACCAGGUGGAGCGAACUGACGUCUCUCUGUCUGAUCCUGGUGAGCCAGUUGUUAUGGGGACCAGGUUCCCUGGGAACUCAUACUACCGCUUUCCUAAUGACACACUGCCUGUCAACAGUGACUUCACAGGUCUUCGCUUGAGCUUCAGAACACGUGUGCCAAACGGCCUGCUCCUCUGUGCUCUGUCUCCGGGAAACCAAGAAGAGUACCUAGCUCUGCAGAUCCGUAAUGGACGCCCCUACUUCCUGUUUGACCCACAGGGCUGGGCUGUGGCAGUGGGUGUGGAGGGUGACGACGGGAGGAGCUACAGUGAUGGCCAGUGGCACAGCGUCAUGGCAACCAGGAAACAGGCCGUGGGAACGAUCAUUGUGGAUGAUCAAUACCAAGCCAAGGCGUCUGGGUCAGGUGGCAGUACCAUUAUUGGGGAGAACACAGGGGUAUUCAUCGGGGGGCUUCCAGAGGACUUCACUUUACUCAGACAGGACUCAGGCGAUACCCAGUUAGUGAAGCAGGGGUUUUCUGGUUGCCUUAGAAACGUGCAGGUGAAGAUGAGUGACAACCCCUCUGAGGUGUGGCAGCCUCUUGAUUGGUCCAGAGCCAUAGAGCGAGUGGGGGCCUAUGAGAGCUGGGAGGGAUGUCCCGCCCACACGGAGGAGGGGGCUCACUUCCUGGGGCAAGGGUACUUAGAGUUGAGUCCGGAGGUGUUCAGUGGAGGACAAGAUUUUGACAUCUCCUUUGAAUUCAGGACGGACCAACUCAACACUCUACUACUAUUCUCCUACAACACACACUCUUCUGAUUAUAUACUGGCUGAGUUGGAGGGAGGCAUGCUGUCCCUGUUUCUGUCCUGGAAUGGUCACAUGACUGAAUUGAGCAUGUGGGCGGGGCUUAGCUACUGCGACGGGGGCUGGAACCAACUGUCAUUGGUCAAACAAGGGUCUGUUAUCUCGGCCUCCAUCGGUGAUUGGUCAGAGCAGCUGAGGGGACUGGCAGAGGGAGAGUUUCAGCUGGACUCACCCCUCUACCUGGGAGGAGUUCCUCUCAGAAUAAACCAUGAAGCUCUUAUCAGCCAUAGUCACAUGCAUGGUCUGGGAGGGUGUGUCAGAGGCGUAAACAUUCGGAGGGAUCCUGUUACCAUUCCUACUGGUGUACUGGGGGUUACUGCUGUUAGUCUGUCUGCUGCCCUCCGCCGCUCUGUCAGGGUGAAUAUGGACGGAUGCCCAGCAACAGACAGUGUCUACCGCUGCCGUGGAAACGACUCUGUCCUGGUGUACACAGGUGGGGAGACCCAGAGCAGAGACCCAGGAGGACAGCCUUUUACAGAGUACCUUUACAGGGUGGUGGCGUCUGGGGUGGGAGGAUGGUCAGCAGGACCCUGGGAACGCGUGCGCUUCCGGGAAACAGUCCCAGAGAUGGUGGCUCCUCCCUUUAGCAUACAGAGUGGGAGUGGCUUCAGUGUUCAGGUGAGCUGGGUCCCGCCCCUUCAAGUGAGAGGAGUGAUUGACAGGUACGAGCUGAGAGCCUAUAACCUGGAUCAUCCUGAGUUUUCACCUGUCGCUGCUUCCCACCCAUCUACUGGAAACCUCACAGGCCUGUUGGAGGGGCUCAUUCCGUUUACCCGCUAUGUUGUCACGGUUACAGCUUGCACCCUGGCCGGCUGUACUGAGAGUCACCAUGACAAUGGUAGGGAUGGAGACGUGAGAUGGACCAUCACUACUCCGGAAGAGGUUCCAGAAGAAGUGUACCCUCCCAGGGCAGUGUCAACCCCCUCCUCCCUGGAUGUGUCCUGGUCCCCCCCUGCCAGACCCAAUGGCCUCAUCACUGACUACCUGCUAUUCCACAAUGGACAACAAGUCUACAGAGGAGCCAACACACACUUUAAUAUAUCUGGUCUUGAGGUGUAUUCUCCCCAUGUGUUAGUGCUUAGUGUGUGUACGGAGGUGGGCUGCUCUAAUAGCUCCCAGGUCACCGUGCUUACCUCCCAGCAACCUCCUGGAGACAUGGACCCACCCAACCUCACCAUACUGGACUCCCGAACCGUCCACAUACAGUGGUCUCGCCCCCGUCAGGUGAACGGUGUGUUGCAGUACUACUGUUUGUACCUGUCAUUGGAGGGGGCGGAGCCAGAGUGUGUGUAUAACACCUCAGAGCUGUUUGAAGACCACACCGUCCGUAACCUGACGCCAGGCACCACCUACGGCUUCAUGGUCGCUGCGUGUACGAUAGGGGGCUGUUCUGCCAGCGUUUAUAUUGAGGCCCACACAGAGGAGGGUACCCCAGAAGACGUCCCUGCCCCCUGCGUCACCGCUCUCUCACCCCACGCCCUCAACAUCACCUGGACACCCCCAGACACCCCCAAUGGGGUGAUUAGCAGCUACGGUGUCUGGAUGAAUGGUGUUCUGGUCCAGAACUCCAGUUCCAUGUGGUACUGGGUGGACCACCUGUCUGCGUGGAGCCUGCACAGCUUCAGAAUACAGGCCUGCACCGCACAGGGCUGUGCCCUAGGACCACUGGUGGAGACACGGACGUUGGAGAUGGCCCCGAUAGGGCCUCUGGUGUUGCAGGCUGAGACAGAAGGACCUCGCUCUCUGAGGGCCAAGUGGAGUCAACCAGCCAAACCCAAUGGAAACAUCAGCUACACACUGCUGUUCUCCCACACAGAUAAUGAUUAUGAUGGAGACGAUCGUGGCGGUGUUGUCUAUAGCAGUAAUGUGGCAGGGAACUGGGUGUCUGUUGGAGGUCUCCAGCCGUACACCAACUACAGUCUUAGGAUCCGGGCUUGCAACACCAUGGGAUGUGUGGACAGUCAUCCGGUUAGCGUCGCCAUGGCACCUACAGCUCCAGAUGGUGUGAUACCACCGUGGGGUUCAGAUGCCACCGCCUCCAGCCUGAAGGUGUUCUGGCUCCCUCCCGGCCGUGCCAACGGUCCUGGGCCACUGUACUACAGCCUGGUGAUGAGGGCUGCGCCAGGUGCUCCCGUACAGCAACUGCUGGAUAACGUCGCCGACACCUUCAGUCACACUGUGGACGGUCUGUCUCCAUACACAGGGUACCUGUUCAGAGUGCUGGUGUCACACGCGUAUGGAGAGACCGCCAGCAACUGGACCAGUCUUCACACUGCAGAGGACAGUCCAGGACUUUUGGACCCCCCUGUGGUGUCAGCCCUUCAGCCCCGUAAUGUGUCGGUCUCCUGGGCCCCACCAGCCCAGCCCAACGGGGUGAUCACCCACUAUGCCCUCCGACUCGGCUGCCACGAUGACUCCGGCAGCGUAGCUACAGUACCAGGCAACACCACCAGCUACACCCUCCUGGACCUCCAGCCCUUCAGCCUCUACUGCCUUCAGAUGGAAGCAUGCACCCAGGCAGGGUGUACCGUCUCCGGGGAGUCCCGGGCCUUCCGCACCCCCUCUGCCGCCCCGGAUGGGGUCCCGGCCCCCCGGCUCUACUCGGACACCCCCACCUCUGUGCUUCUGUCCUGGGGAGCCCCGGAGAGGAGCAACGGAGAGCUAGACGGGUGGAGGGUGGAGAGGAGGCUAAGUGGUACUGAGGAGGUGUCCACAGUGGCCAGUCUUCCCCCAGCCCCUCCUCCCCUCUCCUUUUUGGACCACUCCUCAGCCCUCAGCCCCUGGACCUCAUAUGAGUACCGCCUGGUGGCCAGGACACAGGCUGGAGCCAACGCUAGUGCCUGGGCUAACAUCACCACCAGACCCUCUCGCCCGGCCGGGCUUGCCCCGCCUGGGGUUGACGUCCUGGGGCCGGACUCGCUGCAGGUCACCUGGUCCCCUCCAAUCAUUGCUAACGGACAGAUCAAUCGCUAUGAGAUCCGCCUUCCUGACCCGCGCGUAUCCCAUGAUGACCUGUCGAACCUCAGCCUCACCGUAACAGACCUGGUGCCCUACACCGAUUACGAGGUCACCGUCCUGGCCUGCUCGUCUGGGGGCGCCCAUAUUGGGGGGUGCACUGAGAGCCUGCCCACUACCGUGACUACCCUGCCCACAGCUCCCCAGGACCUUGCCCCACUAGCAGUGGUGGCCGUUAGUGAGUCCUUCCUGGCUGUAUCCUGGCAACCUCCUAAGAGGCCCAAUGGACCCAACAUCAGAUAUGAGCUGCUCAGACGUAAAAGCCGCCAGCCCCUGGCUGUGCAGCCCCCGGCAGAUCUCCAUCGCUGGUUCAAUGUUUACGCCGGAGACAAAUUGUUUCACCAAGAUAAAGGCCUUAGCAGGUUCACUUGGUACCAGUACCAAUUGCGGGUGUCUAAUGAUGUGGGCUACAGUACAGGGGAGCUGGCCACGGGAGUGACCCUGGCUGGGGUACCCCUCAGACCCCCCACUCUGACUGCCCAGACCAUCAACCACACAUCCAUCAACAUCAGCUGGACACAGCCCUCUCUGCAGGACCUCCAGGGCGAGGCGGAGAUGUACAUCCUCAGCAUCCAAUCCUCCCGCCUCAGACGAACUCUAACCUUCCCAGACGCCGUUCUGUCCGCUAUGAUAGGUGACCUGCGGCCCAACACGCGCUACACAAUUUCCCUGCAGGUCUCCAAUGGCGCUCACAACGCUUCUAGUGCAGAGGUCUACUGUACUACUGAAGAUGGAGAGCCUGAGGGAGUGUUUCCUCCAGAGGUGGUUCCAGUGAACAGCAGUGCUGUGCGGGUGUUGUGGUCUCCCCCGGUAGAGGCCAACGGAGCUGUGACACGUUACUCCAUCUAUCUGGACCAGACUCUCCAUGGAUCUACUGGGAAUGCCUCAGGGUCGUACGUACUGAAAGGUCUACUUCCCUUCACCGUCUAUGAGAUACAGGUGGAGGUGUGUACUGUGUAUGUGUGUGUGAAGAGUGACGCCACCCAGGUCACCACGGUGGAGGAUGUCCCCGCAGACAUAGCCCCCCCACACACACAGGUGGUCAGUCCCAGAUCAGUGAGGGUGGAGUGGUCGUCUCCCGGCAGGCCCAGUGGUAUCAUGCUGGGGUACGAGGUGUGGAGAAGGGCCCUGAGGCCCUGUGAGGGGGCUUUAGGGGUGACCCAGGAGGGUGAGGGGUCAGAGGUCAAGUGCUCCUACAUUCAGUGCUCCGCCUCGCAAGGUGUGUGUGGGAUGUCCUGCUACCAGCCUCAGAGACAGGUGUGUUGUGAUGGUGUGGUCCACUCCACUAAGCCACUACACCUGUGCUGUGAGGGGCGUUACCUGCCCAUGCCUAACUCCUCCUACACUGUGUGUUGCGGAGGUAAGCUCCUCCCACCGCUUCCAGGUCACCAAUGCUGUGGCGGAUUCUAUGUUCCCGUAGCCAUGGGUGAGGUGUGCUGUCCUGGCCUGGGACGGGUGUCGGUGGGGGCCGGGGACACCUGCUGUGGGAAUGAGCCCUAUUCCCCGUCAGGGGGGCAGCUGUGCUGUGGAGGGGGUCUCCAUGAUGGCUACAGGUCCCAGUGCUGUGGGGGGGCAGUCAUAGAAGAUACCCUGGUCUGCUGUGGAGAUGCCGAGAGAGGAACGCCAUACACACCUGUAUCAGGUCUGUCCUGCUGUGGGGAGGACUAUGUGAACACAUCCACGUCUCUCUGCUGCGUCGGCCAUGACCGUUCACCCAGAAUGCACUCUGCUGGGAAUGGGACGGUGCGUCUGCAGUGCUGUGGGUCGGAGGUCAUCAACCAGGAAGAGAAGUGCUGUAAUGGGUUGGGCUACGACCCCGCCCGGCAUGUUUGUGCUGACAGAGUGUCUCCGGGACUGGUGAUGGAGGCCCGGUGUGCUCCCAGUGUCCUUUGUCCUGUGUCUGCUGCUGCCACCUCCUACUGUGGCUCCUGCACCUUCAACACUACCCUCCACAUCUGCACCUGGCUCCACAGCACACACACACCUGGAACCACACACACGCCUGGAACCACACCUGGAACCACACACACGCCUGGAACCACACACACGCCUGAAACCACACACACACCUGGAACCACAGACCUGAACUCACCUCAUGCCACCCGCACACUCAUGACCUCACGCAGACAUCUGAACUCAGGCAGCUCUGUGUCCACACCCCCUCCGUCCCAGGACAACCCAGCCCUCUGCUCCCAUCCAGAAGAUUUGAUCUACAGUGGAGCGGCCGACAGAUACAGCUAUACAGACUCAAACUUGGAGCCCCACACCACUUACGAGUACAGAGUGGUGGCGUGGAAUGGUUAUGGGCGUGGCUCCAGCAACGUCACCAUGGUGAGGACCAGUGAGGAUACACCUUGGGGACUGGCCCCGCCGCGCUGGAGUCGCCUAGGAGACCGUGAUGAUGUCGUGCAGCUACAUUGGCAGGCUCCUACCAAGCCCAAUGGUCACAUCAGCCACUAUGUGGUUUUGCGUGAUGGACAGGAGCGUUACAGGGGAGGAGAGAGGAGCUUCACAGAUGUGGGCGGGAUCCUCCCCUUCCAGGAGUACCAGUACCAGGUCCGGGCCUGCAGCACCGCCGGCUGCACGGACAGCUCACAGGUGUUGGUUGUGACAGCCCAGGGCGUUCCAGAAGAGGUCGGGUCUCCCGUGGUAACAGCUCUGGGACCCACCUCUCUAGCGCUCAGCUGGGACCCUCCUUCUAAAGCCAACGGCAUCAUACGACAAUACCACAUCAACAUGACUGGACCCGGGAGAAUACACGCACACACUCCACUGGACGGACCUCUCAAAUAUAUCGCUACAGGUCUUCAGCCCUACUCUGACUACAGUUUUGUGCUGGUGGCCUGUACAGCUGUGGGCUGUGGAGUUAGUCAGACAUCUACAGGACGCACCCUGGAAGACACCCCUGCAGGAGUGUGGCACAGCCCUAGACAUGUGGUGGUAAACUGUACAGCAGUUGAACUGUACUGGGACCAGCCGUUACACCCCAAUGGACUCGUGGUCCGCUACCGGCUACUUCGAGACGGUGUUACUGUCUUCACCGGAGACAGCGAACACACCAACUUCACAGACACACAACUGCAACCCAACACCAGAUGUGUGUAUAUGUUGGAGGCCAGCACAGGGGGCGGUAGUGGUCUGAGUGACAGGCACAUCGUCCAGACACCCGUCUCCUCCCCUCUGGGAAUCCCGCCCCCUUAUAACAUCACUGUGUCCAGCCCCCACUCUCUGUCGGUCUACUGGACAACCCCAGGUGUGUUCAACACCAGCCUUCCUCUGUCCUACUACGUCCUGUUGAAUCCAGGAAGUGCAAGGCCUGUGACGCAUGCGGUGGGGCAGGACCUGUACUCCAGUGUUUCUGGACUGGAGCCCUACACUCAGUACCACGUCAGAGUCCAGGCCUGCCAACCAGAAGGGUGUGGUGUGGGUGAGGGUUUGUUCGUCCGUACCUUUGAGGCCCCCCCGGAGGAUCUAAUCUCUCCCACAGUGACAGCAGUAAGAGCCCAGGUCGUCCAGGUCCUCUGGACACCACCCUGCAAGCCCAACGGACUUAUCACAUCCUACUUCAUACACAGGCGACCUAUGGGGACUCAGGAAGACCUGCUGGUGUUUAUCUGGUCCAAUGGCCCGCUAGAGUUCAUCGACGUCAGUGAUGCCCUCAGGCCCUUUAGUCAGUACCAGUACAAAGUCCACGCCCACAACUCCAAGGGCAGCACCCACAGCGAAUGGGCUUCAGUCGUCACCAUGGAGGCGGGGCCGGAGGAAAUGGCUCCUCCCUUAGUCACACCUACAGGUGCGUACUCAGUGCAGGUGAAGUGGACACAGCCGAGACAACCCAAUGGAAGGAUCUCCCAGUAUCGCCUGGCUUACAGGAAACACCUGACAGACCCCACGCUCCACCCGUCUACAGUGAUGGCGCUGACUGUACCGGGCGGUACUCGGCAGGCCAGUGUGUACGGCUUGGAGCCGUUCAGUGUGUACAGCUUGCGCGUGGAGGCAGCAAACGGGGCGGGCCGCGUCUCCAGCCCCUGGGUUAGGGUUAGGACCCUGGAGGCGUGGCCCGCUGGGCUGUCCAACUUCACUGUGGAGCACAGAGAGCAGGGCCGAGCAUUACUGCUGACCUGGGACCCACCUCAUACACCUAACGGGGUUAUCACGGGUUAUAAUAUCUACAGUGAAGGGAACCUGGAGUUCAGCGGUCUGUCUCGCCAGUUCCUGUUUCGACGCUUAGAGCCCUUCUCCCUGUAUUCGCUGAUUUUGGAGGCCUGCACCUCCGCAGGCUGUUCCCGCACCCCUCCUCAGUCUGUUACCACGGCGGCAGCCCCCCCCAGCCAUCAAACCGCCCCUGUGCCCCGCGCUGUUGGCCCACACAGCAUAGAACUAACCUGGACCCCGCCCACCCAGCCCAAUGGACCAAUAGAAGAGUAUUUCCUGCUGGGGCGAAAUCUGGAUGAGGGGAGGGAGAGGAGUAGUGAGGAGGAACCCACUAGUGCUAAGGUUCUCUUCCGUAAAAGUUCCGCCCAGGCACCUAGUUUGUCCCACACCGUGACGGGCCUGAGGCCCUGGACCCAGUACCAGUUCAGCAUCCGCGUCCAGAACCCCGCCGGACACGCGGACAGCCCCUGGGUUACUGUGAAAACCAAACAGGCCCCCCCGCGCGGACUGAAACCCCCCUCGGUCAUCCACAUUGACGGGGAGCCCUGUAAGCUUCUGGUGUCGUGGAGCCCACCACAGGAGAGUAACGGGGUUCUUUUGUCUUACAGGAUCCAGAGAGACAACGUCAGUUUUCCUUUUAGUUUUGACCCCAGUGUUUUCAACUACACAGAUGAGGACCUGUCGGCCUUCACCCCCUACAGAUACUCUGUUACAGCCUGCACGACUGAGGGCUGUGUCACUAGUCCUGAAACACAUGUAAAAACAAUGGAGACUCCCCCCACUGCGGUGGACUCUCCCAGCACGACCCACAUCACAGCCCAUAGUAUCAACGCAUCCUGGACUGUUCCAUUAAUCCAGAAUGGGGAGGUGACGCAGUAUGUGCUGAAGGCCAAUGGAGAGGAGGUUUACCAUGGGAGGGACUUGUCUGUGGUGAUGUCAGGGCUACGGCCGCACACGUUCUAUCAGCUUGUCCUGUUGGCUUGUACCAACGGGGGGUGUACCCCUAGCCCUCCCACACUGGCCCAAACCCUUGAGGCCCCUCCUCAUGGUUUAAAUUCUCCCUCCCUCAAAGUCACCGGCCCCGAGUCCCUUGAGGUCACCUGGCGGGCGCCGGAACAGCCCAACGGCGUUGUCACUGGUUACGAGCUCCGCAGGGAUGGCCAGGUGAUCUAUGUUGGCACACAGACACAUUACCAUGACUUUGCGCUUUUGCCGAGUGUGGAGUACAGCUACAGCGUGACAGCCAACAACAGCCGGGGAGCGGUCACCAGCGCCGUUGCCAAAGCCAGGACUCACCCAUCAGCGCCCUCCGGUGUUGGGCCCCCCACACUACAGCCUCUGAUGCCAGGGCAGGUUAGAGUGUUGUGGGAGCCCCCUGCCAGACCUAACGGGGUGAUCAUCAGAUAUACUGUGCACCAGAGAGACCCAGCUGUGACCUCAACACGCAGCUUCCUGUUUGAGUCAGGACACAGCGCCUUCUCUGACCGCUCCACCACACUGCAGGAACUGAGGCCCUACCACAGGUACGAGGUGAGAGUGGAGGCGUGUACAGAGCUGGGCUGUGCUUCCAGCGACUGGGCAUCCGUGCUGACACUCGAGUCUCCCCCUACUGGACAGAAUGCACCACUGCUGGAGCUACAUAGAGACACCAGGGGCCUACAGACUGUCUUCAUGCUCUCCUGGUCCCCCCCGGCCCAGCCCAAUGGUAGAAUCCUACAUUAUGAAGUAUAUAGGAGAUUGGGUCAGAACACUGAGGUCCAUGGGGGUGCCCCUGUGCUGGUGUGUAGGAAUGCCUCCACGUCGUGCCGCAAUGCUGGUCUUCUGCCCUACACGGACUACCAGUACCAGGUUUGGGCAGUGAAUUCUGCUGGACGCUCCGGAAGCCCAUGGGCCAAUGGGAGAACAGGCCCCGCCCCUCCUGAGGGUGUAGGCCCACCCACAUUCCUGCGUAUACUAGCAAUGUCAGCUGUAGUUAACAUCCCGCCCCCCACCAGACCCAACGGCGUUGUCAGCCUCUACAGGGUGUUCUCACAGGACCCCGACGCCACACAAACUCUGCUGUCAGAGGGGACAUCUCGUCAGCAGACCCUCCACGGUCUGACUCCGUACACCCAGUACAGAGUGGGAGUGGAGGCCUGUACCUGCCACCAGUGCUGCAGCCAGGGCCCCCUGAGGGACCUGCGCACUCUGCCCUCCUCCCCGGCGCAGCAGCUGCCCCCCCGCCUACUGGCUCUGACCUCGCGAUCGGCACAGCUGGAGUGGGACGAACCGCUCGCCCCCAAUGGAGUCAUAGAAAGCUGUGAGCUGCACAUUCGUUCCUCCUGCCCCCAACCUCCCCAGCCGCUCCCAUCCCCCUGUGUGGUAGGGCAGACAGAGACCCUGUUCUUUGGACGCGGCAGGAACUACAAUGUGACAGGUCUACAGCCGUACUCCAAUUACCAACUCAGAGCCGCCUGUUAUAACAACAUGGGCAGCACGGCCUCCAACUGGACCACUGUCACUACUCUCACUGAGGCUCCUCAGUAUAUCUCUCCAUUUGUGGUGUACAGUAACCUGACCAUGGUGUGGCUGGACUGGAGCAGCUGUUUCUCUCUGAACGGCCCUCUGAGAGACUUCACCCUGACAGACCACGACCAGAGGGUGUACACCGGCUUCCACAGCUACCUACAUAUACCACGCACUUCGGAGAAGACCCUGUCUCUUCAGGUGACAUGUACUACAGAUAUUGGCAGUGCCAGCACACCUGUCAUCAGAUACAGACCUGCCACGGGCAUAGGCCCGGCGGGACCCUCCACAGGAGAUAAGCAUGGUGUGGGCUCCCAGGGACCUCCGGUCCACUCUGAGCUGUGGUUUAUCCUCCUGCUGGCUCUAUUGGGCCUCUUGCUCCUCGCGGGGCUGCUUGGACUAGUUCUGAGGAGGGCCCUGAGGAAAGAACCCUUCAUUAGAGAACGCCCCCCGCUUGCCCCCCUGCAGAAGAGGAGCGGGGCAGGAGGAGAGAGUUACAUGAGGCCACUUUCUGACAUGUGUUCUAAGCACUACUCCAGUACAGUGCUCCUCACUGACCUUUCUGCUGUUGGACAGUUUGAAACAGUAGCGGACAGUCUAGAGGACAGCAGCGUGACUCUAAAGAGCUACUCUAUGAUCUAUGAGGGCCUGACAGACAGUAAGAUUGUUGGCGGUGGCUCACGGUUCAGCCCCAUGUCGGUCCUCCGGGUGCCCGGCCAAUCACAGCUCAGCCACGCCUACUCCCAGAACUCCUUGCACCGCAGUGUCAGUCAGCUGAUUGAUUACGACAGGAAGACUCCGACAGAGGCGGGGGGGGAUUCUGGACUGUAUGUGGAAGAUGAUGAGUUUGUUGAAGCCAUCAAAGCCUUCAGCUCAGUGAGGAAGGAACACACACUGUUCACCGACACACAUCUCUAGCUGGAAUCCACACACCUACAUACCACUACCACCAACACACCAACACAAAACAUCAACCUUGAAGUCAAGUUGGAGAUCCUUGAUUCAAACCCGGAAAGCAUCCCAAGCUUUCUGAAAUUCAAUAACGUCAUCAUUGUUUUAUGCCAACUGUGAUAACCUGGAAACAGUUAAACAUUUUAGUUAACUUUGCGAAGCAUGUAGUCACUGUGCCUAGUAGACAUAGGAGGAAUAAAAUUUUCACUGCAGAUGAUGUUUGUGACAAGAGCGUAUUUAAGAUCAGUGAAAAAGCCAACUGUUUAGUAAGUAUUUUAAAUAGGUUUGCAUAUGUAUUUUACAGUGUUUGGGAUGUGGCUGACGAUAUUACGUGUGGUGAUAUAUUUGGUUAAUAUCGUUUUAAACAAUCAUGUACAGCAGGUUUUCUUGGUACGCACACUGUAAAUAAUGUUGUUUUUGGUUUUUUACAGUUUAAAAUGACUAAUAUAGAUUAUUAUACACAGUGGAUUGUUUUAUUUGCUCACAUUCAUUAAUUUUACAGAAAUCCAUUUUCUUUAACACAGUCUUGUAUCAUCUAAUUAAUCAAAGAACUAUUUAAAUCCUUAAACCCAAACAGCAUUUGGUUUGAGUAGACGUCCAGUAGAGAGGACUUCAAAUAUCCAACGGUGGGCUGUACAGUUGAAUGGUCAGUGUAGUCGAACUUCGACAGGUAAUCCACUAGAUAUACAGUGGAUAUAAAAAGUCUACACACCCCUGUUAAAAUGCCAUGUUUUUGUGACGUAAAAGAAUGAGACAAAG